UUCGAACCUGAGUGCCUCAUCAGCAGCAACUACACACCAAGAACAUGACCUUCGAUCCACACAACUCGACGUACGACUUCUACAACGGCACGCUCUGGUUUGUCAACGAGUGCACCAUCCACCUAGACGAGGACGGCCGACGGAUCGCUCUUUUCCUCCUUUACCUGAUGCUGUUCAUGGUAGGGUUGGCCGAGAACACUGUGGUGGUGUGGGUGAACUGGCGUAGGCGGCAUUCGGCGAAUGGCGUGCUGUUCUGCAUCAUCAACGUGAGCUUGUCCGACUUAAUGGUGAUCUUCACCAUGCCCUUUUUCAUGCUGGAGGUGACCAUGAACAAGGUUUGGCUGUGGGGCCGCUUCCUUUGCAAGGUCACGCACCUCGUGUACGUCAUUAACUUCUACAGCAGCUCCCUUUUCCUGGCCUUCAUGACCCUUGAGAGAUACUUGUCCUUGGCACGUCCUAACUCACCCGCCUGCUUUCCCCCAAACCAAAAACGCCGCUGGUUGCUCUGCGCCGGGAUCUGGCUCUUGUCGCUCGUGCUGACCUUGCUGGAGAACGUCCACGUUGACCUGCUGGAGUGGGAUGAACCGGGCUGCUAUAUGGUUCCCGAGCAGUACUACACGGAGUGGUUCGUCUCAGUUUCCUUCCUUUGCCUGAUAUUCCAGUUCCUGGGCCCGGCAUCAGUCAUCGUCACCUGCAACAUCUUGAUCGCCCGAGCCGUCCGCUCAUCCCCGGACAUCCAGAAUCGCCGGGACGUGUGGUUGGUGCAUGUGUACUCGCUGGUCUUUAUGGCCUGCUGGCUACCGUACCAUUUGGUGUUGUUCUUGUUGACAAUCGACGACCUGGAUCCGCACCUGUUCUCCUGCAACACGGUCGGGGUGCUGUACUUCUCGUUUAGCCUCGUGCAAUGCUUGUCGCUCUUUCACUGCAUCGCCAACCCAAUCCUCUACAACUUUCUCAGCAAGAGCUUCCGCAACAAUCUAAUAAAUACAGUGAUCAGCCGCAUCUCUUCACCGCCGGCCAGCACGCCAGCUAAUGCGGUAGCCGACAACACAGGGACGGCCGCGGUGAAAGAGCGGAAGCUCAGCAACACCAGCACGAGCCACUCCGACAUUGGCGCGUGAAGAGGGAAACUCCUAAAUGACGAUUUUGUGAAGCAAAGCACAUGAAAUGGCCUUGUUGAGGCAGAUGUUUUUGGUCAUUUGCUUGGUAACUAGCCAUAUUGUCUCCUGUUUUUUUUUUUUUCACCUCAGUAUUGUUAACAGUGCAAGGAAGGAAAUAUUGUCAACCUUUCGAAACCUUUAUUUCCACCGGUUCCUUUUGUCAUAUCUAGGAACUCCGUAAUAAAAACCCUAACCACAUGCCAGUGUUUGUACAAAGACUGUUUUGAUUGUUCUACUCGACAGAAACUUUCACCUAGUCCAUACUCUCAAUCACAACACCUAUAGUGAUGAUUAAAUGGCUUUUUUGAGCUCA